AUGCAGAGACUGGAGGACUGGGUUGGUGUUGCUGGGAACGCCUUCGUGGUGAGCCUGGCGCUGGCCGACCUGGUGGUGGCGCUGUACCCGUACCCUCUGGUCCUCUCCGCCAUCUUCAACGACGGCUGGAUGGCGGGCUACAUCCACUGCCAGAUCAGCGGCUUCCUCAUGGGCCUCAGCGUCAUCGGCUCAAUCUUCAACAUCACCGGCAUCGCCAUCAACCGCUACUGCUACAUCUGCCACAGCCUUAAGUACGACAAGCUCUUCUCCAACUCCAACACCAUGUGCUACGUGGUGCUGGUCUGGGCGCUCACCAUCCUCGCCAUCGUCCCCAACUGGUUCGUGGAGUCCCUGCAGUACGACCCCAGAGUCUACUCCUGUACUUUCGCCCAAUCGGUGAGCUCGCUGUACACCAUAACCGUGGUCGUGGUGCACUUCAUCGUCCCCAUCGGGAUCGUGACGUACUGCUACCUGCGCAUUUGGAUUCUGGUGAUCCAGGUGCGGCGCCGGGUCAAGCCGGACACUCGCGCCAAGAUCAAACCGCACGACAUGAGGAACUUCCUGACCAUGUUCGUGGUGUUCGUGCUCUUCGCCGUGUGCUGGGCGCCGCUGAACUUCAUCGGACUCGCCGUGGCGUUGGACCACAGGUUGGGGGACGCCAUUCCCGAGUGGCUCUUCACGGCGAGCUACUUCAUGGCGUAUUUCAACAGCUGCUUGAACGCCGUGGUCUAUGGGGUUUUGAACCACAACUUCAGGAAGGAGUACAAGAGAAUCGUGGUGAUCGUUUUUCGGUUUCGCUGCUGA